CAUGGCUUCUUCUUCCUUCGUCGCUUUCGUGGCUCUAGCCAGCAGCUGCCUCCUCAUCCUCCAUUCGCGCAGCGUCUCCGGCUGGUCUGACGGCGGCGCGACGUGGUACGGUCCCCGCCACGGCGCCGGCUCUGACGGUGGUGCGUGCGGGUACCAAGGCGACGUGGAGAAGCCGCCGUUCUCCGCCAUGAUCACGGCGGGUGGCCCCUCCAUAUUCAAUGGCGGCAAGGGCUGCGGCGCUUGCUAUCAGGUUAGAUACAUCGGCAAUUCCGCUUGCUCUGGGUCCCCGGCGACCGUGGUCGUCACAGACCAGUGCCCCGGCGGGCCGUGCCAGGCUGAGGCUGCGCACUUCGACCUCAGCGGGAAAGCGUUCGGCGCCAUGGCCAAGCCCGGACAGGAUGACAACCUCCGCAACGUCGGCAAGCUUAGAAUCCAGUACAACCGGGUUCCGUGCAACUGGCAUGGGCUCGACAUCGCCUUCAAGGUGGACGCCGGCUCCAACCCCAACUACCUUGCGGUGCUCAUUGAGGACGAGGCCGGCGACGGAGACCUGUCUGCGGUCGAGCUUCAGCAGCGCGGCGGCAGCUGGGCGCCGAUGCAGGAGUCGUGGGGCGCGGUCUGGAAGUACAACGCCGGGUCCACUCUGCAGGCACCCAUAUCGUUCCGCCUCACCUCCGGCUCCGGCAAGAAGCUCGUCGCCAGGAAUGUCAUCCCCGCCGGCUGGCAGGCCGGCAAGACCUACCGAUCCAUCGUAAACUUCCAGUGAUUGAUCCGUCCGUGGGAUCAAUUGAGUGCGCAUGUUAAAUUAGUUGUGCAGCACGAGUGCGCUAGCUAUAUGUAGUAAUCGAGCCCGUGCCCGGAAUAAUACUUGCUGUCAUGCUUUGAAAAAUUGCAA